ACGUUUCUUUGUCAUUUUCAGUCGUUUGCUGAAAUUAUUUGAGAUUAAACAUUUUGUGGUUGUUUGUAAAAUAGUGAAUCGGUGGGAUUUGUAUUGUGUAUUUGUUUUGUAUGGUUGUUAAAAUUAAGUGCAAUUAGUUGCUAAAAUAAUAAAAGACGCCAUAAAGUGUAUUAAAACAGAAAAUUUGUUAAUUUAGAGCAAGAAAAAAUUCGAUUUAUACAGUUUAUUGCCCAGGGCUAGUGGUUCAUUGAGCAGCAGCCCAGACUGAUUUUCAACUGUCUCGCGGGCAGGAAAACGAGAGGAGCGCGGUAGCUGCGAAAGUGGAGUUUAAAUGGUGGAAAUGGCGCAAGACAUCACCAAAGGGAAGACACCCGAAUCAUUGUACGAGCAAUGCCUUGAUUGCUACGUCGCUAAACUCAAUUAUAAUGUCCAAACAUUGGAUAGUGUGCAGCAGUUGCGAUAUUUGCCAGCAGGUGUUCUAAGCGAUGUUUAUGCCAUGAUGUCCACGUAUGAAGAACUUAAGGAUAUGCUGCUGGAACAGCUUAUCGAUUUGAGCAUCUUUGAACGUUUACUGCGCUUUGAUCCAGUACGUCAAAAGCUUUUUCGUUGUCUGACAUCAUUAAUGAGCAGCGGUAAACUUCUAUCGACUCAACUACAACAGAACUUUACUAUGCGUUACCACCAGAAACAAGACUCAACAAAAUUUACGAAGACUGCCACAAAAGAACACAACUCGAGUGCAAUCCCGCUGAGAAAGGCUUCUAAAUCUCGCAUAACUUCAACAAUGGUUGAUUUGUUUGCCAAUACAAGCAUUAGCAGAACUAACGAUGAUAAAAAGACAAGUGAGACGGCUGAGUCGUCAAUUGCAAUUGAUGUUGACUUUGACGAAGUUUUGGAUGAUGAAUUACACUUUGGUUUGGAUGCUAUUGAUUUUGGACUACGUUUGGGCUCAUUUCUGUCUGAAGCCGGUUGGCUGGCGGACAGCAUAGAGAUAUUGCAGUGUGUAGCGGUAAAAUUGCGUAGCAUGCCAGCUGAUAAACAACUUACGCUUUUGCGCUUAGACUGCCUGCAGAGAUUACUACAUUCCGAAUCUACAUUAUAUAAUUUCAAAUCUGCCGAACGCACAUUUGAUGAAACAGUUAAACUACUCAAAGAGUUUUCUCAGGAUAAUGUACCACGUUCAUUAUUAGCAAAAAUUUACACACAAUUCUCGGCCAUGUACUUUGCGCGCAGUGAAUACGAUAAUAGCCACAUGUGGAGUAUUGUUGCAAUGCGACAUUUGGAAGAAUCAACGCCGGAAAGGAUCGCAGUGGAUGUUUUGCGACAAGCAGCAAAAGCGUGUGUGGUAAAACGUGAUUUUCAACGCGCAAAUCUUCUAAUAAGUCAAGCAACGUACAGGGCACGAAAAGUUUUUGGUGCGAAACAUCAAAAGUAUGCCGACACCUUGCUCGAUUAUGGAUUCUUCCUUCUCAAUGUUGACUCUGUAUAUCAAAGCGUUAUUGUUUACAAAGAUGCCCUCGACAUUCGAUGCAACAUAUUUGGCAAUCGCAACUUUCAUGUAGCGAUAGCACACGAAGAUCUCUCAUAUGCUUACUAUGUUCACGAAUACAGCACCGGCAAUUUUUCUUGCGCACGAAAACAUGUCGAAAAGGCAAUCGACAUCAUGGAAUACUUAGUACCGAAAAAUCAUUUGAUGCUGGCAUCAGCGAAACGUGUGAAAGCUUUGCUACUUGAAGAAAUCGCUCUGGAUAAGCUUGCUGAGGGUGGGGCUGAUGAAGACGGGCUCUUACGUCAGUCCGAGGAGUUACAUAAUUUCGCGCUUAAAUUGUCGUUGGAAAUGUUCGGCGAAGUGAAUGUGCAAACAGCCAAACACUAUGGCAAUUUAGGUCGACUCUACCAAACUAUGAACCGGUUUGAGGAGGCAGAGCGCAUGCAUCUGAAAGCGAUAAAAAUCAAAACAGAUCUACUGGGUCCCUAUGAUUACGAAGUGGGUCUUUCAAUUGGUCACUUAGCUUCGCUCUACAACUAUCAUAUGAAAAAAUACCGUGAAGCUGAGUCAUUAUAUUUGAGGAGCAUAGAUAUUAGUCUUCGCCUAUUCGGUAAAUCGUAUUCGGGACUAGAGUAUGAUUACUUAGGCUUAUGUCAUGUGUACGAAACGCGACACGAAUUCGAAAAGUAUUUGAAGUAUGCAACAAUAUUGGAGAAUUGGCAAGUUUUGCGCGGUCAGAAUGUUGAUAUGAACAAAACCUAUGCUGCAGCUAGCGAUGAGUGUUCUUUGGAAGAUGUGAAAUAUAAAUUCUUUAAUAUGUGCACACACAAUUUAAGCGCCUCAACGAUUGCGAAUGAAGGUGCGGAUACUCUGAAUUGAUUACACACUUGCGCAAUAUACUCAGUCGAAUACUUAAACAAUCACUCGAAUUUUAUAAAUGAGUAUAAGGAUUGAUUGCAUCCACGACUACGCUGUUGAAUUCGAUGAUUUCUUGAUUUCUUUAGUUCAGCUGUAUGAUGUGGGGUAUUUAAAAAUGGCAUGCGUUGAUAGAAUCAUUUAUUGUAUAUCUUGUUUCGGUUGUUCGUACGAUAUAUUGCUUAUGUUAAUUAUUUUAAGUAAAUUCACAUAUUAUUAUUCGCCUCCUAUUUUUAAGGAAAAAACAAGACGUCCCAUGUUUAUUUUUUUUCUUAACUACCAUUUUAGUUUGCCGUAAAUCGAAUGAAAUAUGAUUUUUAGCUAUAGAUAUGUAUAUGCUUCACAGCACUAUUCCCUUUCAAAUACUGUAUUAGCGUUUAUUUAUCUGAAAAGCUUACUUCAAAUAACGGAAAUAACUGUAAACAGAUUAUGAAGUGUAAAGAGAUACAGACAAAUUGCACAAAAAUAUAUAUAGAUAUACUUAAUAAUAAGGAUUAGGAAAUAAUUGCUUAAACUUUUAUGGAACAUUUACUAAAGUAUAGAUAUAAAUUAACAAAAGUAAAAAAAGUAAAAAAUAAGACUUUGCAUUCUGCUUGGUUAUGCGGUUUUACACAACACGUAAAUAGGUAUAUAGCACGCAAAAAGCAAAAACAAAAACAAACAAAAAUACCACUUAAGGAUAAAGUCAUUGAAAUUAUUACAACAUGGAAGAAAAUUAUAUUAUAAUGUUUUGAAAUGUUUGAUUUGGUAAUAUUAUGAGACAGCAAAGAAGGUAGUUGGACUUACAUUUUUUUUUUUUUAAUUUUUUUUAUUAGAAAACUGAUUUUUGGAAGUCUUCAAAAUGUAAACACUUGGCAAUAGCGUUCAGAUUUUUUUUGGAGGCGAGCGAUUUUAUUUCAGAUGCGUGGAAUUACAAAAUGAUCGAUUUUACUUAUGUUGAGAACGUAUAUCCUUUGUAAAUAUUAGGAAAUAAAAGAUAAAUUGAGCUGAAGAAGCUCAAAAAUAGGAGUUUAAUAAAUUAAAUAAAACCAGUUCUGAUUUUUUUAUUAAUGUAUUUUCA